ACAAGGCCGCGCCAUAUUGAAACGAAUCAGUUGUCUGUUAAUUUUGGCUAGGGGUGAAUUGGUGUCUCGCGCUUUUCACUUUUUUCGUGUUUUUAUAAAAAUAAAUUUAAUCAAAACUACUCGAUAUUAUUAAUAAUAAGGUGUGACACAUAUUCCAGUAGUUCAUUUGAGAAAAGUUUUUAUAUUUUGGUAACGAGUAGAAUGAUGAUUUUUUAUUCAGAAAAGUGUAUAUACAUGCAGGAAGAUAAUCGAUUUGUCAACGCGAGUUUAGAUUACAAUUUCGGUGCACUAAUUGACCUAAGGUGCGUUCAACCAUCACUUCAUAAAUGUACCAUGUUUGGUGUCGUUGGAUGCGGCUUCUUCUGAUUUGUAUCGUGGUUGGAGUUAUUUUUGUGUUCAAGUUUUCAGUGUAUAACAAUUAAUAACAAAAAGUGGAUAUUAACAUCUCAUGAAUAAGCGGUAAAGAAGUGUCUAGUGAUUCGUAACGAACCUACCGUGUUUCGUAAAAGGUUUCUUUUAGGAAUGGGGUUAUCGCCUAUGUUGAUUAUCAACAUCUUUUGAUAAUAAUAAUUAGCAACAGUGGUAGGAGGCCACGAUUUGAGUGAAUAGGCUAGAAAGCAUACAUUUACUUUUUUUCGUUAGGUAGACUUAAAUGGGUUUCAUUAGAUCGUAAUAAAGUAUUGUAUACUCAGAUGUGUGUUUAUUUAUGCAUAAAUACGUUAGAUAAUACAUACAAAGGUGAUACUUUCUUUUGGAAGUCUAUCUAAAAAAAUGGAUGUCGAUGAAACUGUUGUAGAUUUGAGUAUUAGCAACAGGUCUUCAUCAACUCCUCCAAAUUACGUUCCAUUUCAUUUAACAAACAACAAUUCAACUUCUUCAAUUCCUCAACAACAACCACUGCCGUUAACGAAUUCUAGAAGAGUUUUAAGACCUAGAACAGAACCCCGAUCUUAUGUAGAAAGUUCGGACGCUCUAAUCAACGGUUUAUUAGAUAAACCAAGAGUUAACGGGAAUUUUGAGUACAGCAGUGAUUCAAGUGAAGGAGAAAUGCCUCCACUCAGUCCAAUUAGGGAAUAUACAACUGCUGAUAUUAAGCAAAGGGAGAGGGGCCUGAGAAGGUUACGUGAAGAGCUUAGAGCCGAAGAAAUGAAACUAGUUCUUCUCAAAAAGCUCAAGCAGUCUCAACAGUUAAAAGAAAAUGUUGCAGUUUUGCCCCCUAAUAUUCCCGUUUCAGCUUUACCAACUAGUGGUUUACCAAGUGGUCUCAGUAUCACCCCUACAACAGUCAAGGUUCCACCUAAAGGUCAACAAUCUCCGCAGAUGGCACAUUCACGACAUCCGUCUUCUAAUAAUUCGCACAAAGUGAGCAAUAUACCCGGCAACGGCAGUGGUAACUCUCAACACUUAUUAAGAGUUCAGCAACCACCACCUCCUCGUGCUAGUAUGCAUGGUCCACCUAUGAAUGCAUCUCUAAUUAAUAACAGGACUAGUUUAUCAGUUCCUCAACCACCUCAAAGGAGUUCAAUGGGUAGACCACCAAGUGGUUUUCCACCGGGAGUUAAAGACUUGUCACCCUCAGUGACAAUUACGCCUGCACCUCCCCAAUCUAUUAAGGAGAGACCUAGAGAAGACAACCAAACUCCUGCUCAAAGACAAGCUGCUGCAAAAUUAGCAUUAAGAAAACAAUUGGAAAAAACAUUAUUGCAGAUACCACCACCAAAACCGCCACCUCCGGAAAUGCACUUUAUACCUAAUCCGAGCAAUACAGAAUUUAUAUAUCUUGUCGGCUUAGAACAUGUCGUUGAUUUUCUCACUAAAGAAACACGAAUGCCAUUACCCCCACAACCAUUUGCAUGUAGCCAAUGCCAGUCUGACUUCACUCCCGUUUGGAAAUGGGAAAAUAGUAAAAAACAAAAAGUUUCAGGUAGUAAAUCUGUCAUUUGUGAACAGUGUGUCACAAAUAAUGUCAAAAAGGCUCUGAAAGCAGAACAUACAAAUAGGUUGAAGACAGCAUUUGUGAAGGCUCUACAACAGGAGCAAGAAAUCGAACAGAGACUCGCACAAAAUGGAGUAUUCACUUCAAGCAGUCCAGCGCCGUCACCGGUGACACCCGAAGCUCUUCCGAAGGCGGUAACACCCACACCUGUACCGAGACAUGCACCUACACCGCCCGCGCCAGCCCCACCACCGCCACCACAACCUACUCCGCCGCCGCCGCGCACUUCACAUCCACCGAGUCAUCCACCUCCUUCCGUCGCCCAGGAUAAGUACACGCAACAACAGAAUGCAGCUGCUAUGCAGGCGUUACAUCAGCAGAUCUUAAGAAGUUUAUCUGCUGGCGGGCCUCCAGCAGCUGCGCAUAUGCUUCAAUUUUCCCCGCUAUUUUACCCGUAUCAGUUGGCGAUGGCACAAGCAGCCGCGACCGGUAAAAACACGGCUGGCGGCAAUUUGGCAGAUAUACAACGCGCUGCCGAUCUACAUCGACAGUACCUGUUGGAUAUGAUUCCACCACCAACCCAACAACAACGUCACAAUUGGAAGACAUGAUGCGAAAGAAAUCGAGAGUGAUACAUUUAGUUUUCAUUGUGUAAUUAGCUGUUUUGUAGGGAUACGGAAUUAUAUGAUACGCCACUAUGACAAUUCAAGCAUACUACUCAUUCACACAUUAUUAACCAAGUUCAGUUGUUUGUCAAUAGAUGGCGAUGAUACCUUUAUUUGUCCGAUGUCUGUGCUAUUUUUUAUUCAGUUGAAAUGGAUACCAUUUUAUAUGUAGUGUUAUUUGAACUUUAUCAGAUAAUUAAUCACAACUCGACUACAGGACAUAUUUAUUUCUUAAAAUCCAGCUCGAGAGACUAAAUGAGAUGAUUUUAGACCUGAACAAGUUUCAGCUGUAUAAAAAAUAAACUGAUCAUGAAAAGAAAACUUCCAAAUAAAUCAGCUGUAACUUUUAAUGUUUUUAAUAAUGACGUAAAGUCACAUUCAAUCUUUUUAUUGUAAAAUGAGGGCUUCACUACAGUUAUAUUUUUAUCUGAUUUCUUGUAAAUAAAUUUUAUAAAUUUGGUACUAACUCUGAAAUGUUUUAUGCUGUUAUCAAAUCAACUCUUUUUAUUGUUUAACAAUAUCACUUUUAAUUUAUAUUUUCGAUUUUUUAAAUUAAAUUUUAUUUUAAACAAACUAAUCCUGGAGUUUCAAAAACGAAACAGUCGAUUUAUUUUAUCUUUUGUCAAACAGCAUUAUGGGGUAGCUAAGUUGACAAGUGAGUGCCAAAAAUUUCAAAAGAUGAAGGAUGUAACUUUACUACUUUGACGAAAUGAGUUUCUUUUUUUUAUUUUGAGUAUAAUAUUGGUCGCAACAUGUGACCCUAAACUCGAUUGCGGCGUCAGUAGGGCUUUUGUUCCUUCUAUCGAAUCUCAAUUUUCAAAUUUGAGAUUAGUUUAUUGUAUUAAUUUUCAAUUUAAUAAGUCUGCUAACUACACCAUACCUUUAACAUGCUAGAAAAGUAUCUGACAUGUUACGCUCUACCAUGCCCACCUAAAUGGAUCAACGGCGUUUUGUAUCCGCUACAUUCACCAAAACCGAGUUUUAAUUUCCCAUGUACAAAGUAUUGUGUGGUGUCUUGUAGUGCCAUCAACAGAUGACAAUGGUGAGGCAGUCAUCAAGUGCAGUAUACUCACCGCCCAGCCGUCAAGCAAAGUGGCAUAAUAGUCUUGACGUUACGUGAGUUGUAGGCGACAGUAUUAGUCUGUGAUUUAACGGUCUAGUAUGAGUAGUGUUCAUAUAUUGGUUACGGUGUAGUGAGCAGACACCUCAACCAUCUUAAGCGUCCUUCAUAUUUGUACAGAGCCGUAUUUGUUUUAUGUCUGCCUACGCUCUAGUUAUUUUCUUGGAACAUUAAGAAAUUAAUCAGACGAAGAUAUGGAAAUUUUUUACUAUCAUGAAGCUCUAAGUGUGUUCUGCAAACAACCUGUUAGAAUCUGAAUAUAUUUCUUGUUAUAUUUUAUUUAAAAAAACUAUUUGCUAUGAAAUUAGUGUCGCUUUAAACAAUUAUAUUUAAUUACAAAUAUUUUUGUCGACCUUUUUAUAAUUAUUCAUUUUUUGAACGCAUUUAUUCUUUUGUUACUUUGUAUUUUACAACUGUAGAAAACCUUCAAAAAAAUAUUUUUCUGAAGUAGAAUUUAUUUAUUUUUGAUUACGGCUGUGCCGAAACGGCAUUGUACUUUUCGUUUGCUGGUGUACAACAAUAGUUGGAAAUAUUAUGCCGGCAGUACACGCUCAUCAAUGCGACCCGAGCACGAGACUCUGGGAUAUCGUCUAUAAUACUCCUCUAAUCAGUUUUUAUGUCAACAUUUCCAAGAAUUUCGUAACGAAUCGUACAGUGCGAGCUUGUACUAGAAAUACUCCCUAGAUGUCUUUACUUCCUUUGACUUUUUCAGAGUACUCAGGGAGGUCGAAAUAACUCCGUGUACACUCUCGGGUCACCUUGGCGAGCGUGUACUACCUACAUUAAAGUAGCUCUGGAAAACUGCUUUAUAAAGUGAAGGUAAAUUGAUAUGUACAGGAUGUCUCAGAAUUUAUUAGAAUGUUUCAAUUUUAAUUCAUUUAAAAUUAUGUAAUAUUUAAUGAGACACUCACAUAUAUCCUGUUGAUUUGUUUUUUUAGUAUAAUUCAGAUCUUAUGACACAAUUUUUAAUAGCAAAGAAAGGUCUAGAACAGGUUUUGUUUUAUCAAGAAAUGGUGUUAUUAUUAGAAAACUGAUAAAAAGACUUGAAGGAAUAAUUUGCUUCUAAAAAAUGAAUAGUGAAGUAAAAUUUGAACAGUAACUUUAUGUUUGCCAUAAUUUUAAUCAAAAUAAAUACUAAUGGUUUACUGAAUAGGAUUUAAUUAUCUAUGUCGAUGCAUUCUUAUCAGUUUUGCUUGAUUUUAAAUUAGCAUAUUAAAUUCUGGGACAAUCUGUGUAGAAAGAUUUGAUACUGGCGAUAUAUAAGCACAACUUUGUCUAAACCUUUUAUAGUAUCGAAUCUUCAGCUUAUGUAUUGGUUGAACAUUUGUAAAUAAAUGUUUCCACAAUUGUACAUUAGUCAUAAUUCUUUUUUUAGAAAUACUGGUGCAUACUAUGCUCAAUGAAUUUAAUAUAAGGUGUUCUAGUACUAUUUCGUUUUUCUUGA